AUGAGACUGGCCGCGUAUGCUGGGGCCUCGGUGGUCCUAGCCACCGGUGUGUUCUUAAAAGCUCUACAUCAGAGAUCGAACUUCUACUCGGCUUGUGUUUAUCUUUCGCAGAGUAGUGCCAAUCUCAUGAUCCUUACGAAUCUAUGCCUUCUCAUCACCGCUUUUGUUCUCUUCUGGCUCCAGCGACUCCUUUACGGUCCUUUGCGUCCCAUCGAAACUGAACAGCUAUACGAACGGGCGUGGUUUGCCAUCACGGAGACAUGUCUGGCAAUGACCAUCUUCCGGGGUGAGCUCGGGGGCUGGUUCUUGGUCAUGUUCAUCUCCCUUUUGGUCGGAAAGGUCUGGGGCUGGAUUGGAGAAGGUCGGGUGGAAUAUUUGGAACAGCAACCCCCCGCGAACCCGCGACUGUUCCAUUUCCGAUUGGCGUUUUCGCUGGUCUUGUCGGUGUUGUUCAAUGCCUUCAUGCUGCGGUACUGCGUCAACACCGUAUACCAUCAAGCUCGGCCCGACAUGAUGGUCAUGUUCGGCUUUGAAUUUGCAAUUUUGACCAUCCUGUCGAGCUCAACCACUGCUCGGUAUGGGAUCGCAUUGGCGGAGAUCUACAUUACACACCAGCAGGUGAAGGCGAAGAUGGAGGAACGUCGAGCGGAGAUUCGGGAGGCUCGUUUGGAGGCUAUUCGAGCCAACGCACGGGCUGGGGAGAGCUCGCCUCCUACCAACCUGCCAGAUGAAAACGAUGCCAAUGAGCAGGAGAUCGAUAUUCCCGGCUGGGAAGAGAAAGGCCGCUGGGUUUUCUACCUCGAUCUCUUGACCGACUUUGUGAAACUUCUGGUCUACCUGAUCUUCUUCGCAAUUCUCCUCACUUUCUACGGCUUGCCUAUCCACAUUUUGCGCGACGUCGUUGUCACCAUCCGUUCUUUUGGUCGUCGAAUCAUGGAUUUCAUUCGGUACCGCAACGCAACCCGAGAUAUGAAUGAGAGAUACCCGGAUGCAACGGCGGAAGAAGUUGGAAGAGAGGAUGUCUGCAUCAUUUGCCGAGAUGAGAUGGUCCCCAUGCAGCCAGCUCCGGCUGAAGGUAAUGAACAGCCUGCAGCCAACACACGGCGUGUGCCUGAUCGCUUGCGCCCCAAGAAGCUGCCUUGCGGCCAUAUCCUUCACUUUGCCUGUCUCAGGAGCUGGUUGGAGCGGCAACAAAAUUGUCCCACUUGUCGGCGCCCAGUGGUUGGAGCGGGUGCGCAAGGCGCCAAUGCCGGUAAUGGCCGACAAAAUGGUGCAGGUGGAAACCAGCCCGGUCAACCAGGCCAAGACGGAUUACCCAGAGCUCGUAUCUACCAGUUUGGUCCUUUCCGAAUUGGCUUUGGUGCUGUACGGGGUGAUAUUUUACACAAUCUGCAUAACCAGGUCAAUCAAGGCAAUGUGCCUCCACAACAUGUUGCCAAUGCCAACCCACAAGGAGCACAAGGAGCGCGCCAGAUGGGGCUUGGCUUUGGAUUCGAUCGCGGGGUACCGACCCCUCCUGGAGGUGCUCAACCCCAGUCCACUACAGUCCCUUCAAGUCUCACCAGUAUAAAUGCUCAAUUGCACCAAAUUGAGCAACAAAUUGCCCAAGAGAUUGCCGCUUUGCGCGCUACGACAGAGCAACUCCGUCAUGUACGUGCUCUUGAGCUGGAGAUGAACCGACUUCGCCUUGUCCAAAACUUUGCCCCUACUGGUGCCACAUCGACGCUUCCAGGUAUCUCCAAUAGCGAAGGUCGACAUCAGUUCGUGGCAGGCCCAGGCACCGUACCAUUGAGUGCCGGAGAUCCUCGCUUACCAGAAGGGUUGAAUCUUCCACCUGGUUGGACCGUUAUUCCGCUUCAGUCUGCCAAUCAUAACGUUGCGAGCCCUCUACGAGGCAGUCCAACCCCCUGGGUUCCCAAUUCACCACCAGGAGUUUCUAUCCCGCACAUGACCAAUACUCUUCCACAAGACCACUCCCUCUUCAAUAGAUCAAAUGGGGUCCCAGCCCCAACCCCAACAAUUCCUGUGGGCAACAACGAUCAGAUCGAGAAUGAACCACCUGCUGCAUUUGCUGAAACCAGUGCCACCACGGCUGACACAACUCAACCAUUGCCCAGCUGGGGAGCAACAAGUACCUCAGCAGAGAACAUCCACCCGGCAGACUCCCUAUCCCAAGAAUGGACUGAUGUUCAACGAGACCAUGUACCCGAUGCGGCCUCUAAAGCCACUACAUACCCCGGUAAUGCAAACACUGAGACUCCAACGGAGACACCAACGGAAAGCACACCUGAAUCUGUAUCCAAAGGCAAAGCUCGGGCCGCCACAGUCGAGGAAGCAGAAGAUGAAGAAGCACCUUGA